ACUCAUUAAAUGAUAAAGGAAAGAUAUAAAAACGGUCACAAGAAAGUUUCUCUUUCAGUAAUGAAAAUUAAUUCUUCGCACGAGAAAAAACGAAACAAUGAUCACAGCGCGUGCUCUAAUUAUUGUGUUUUUAACACUGGUUCAUCAGCAGGUGUUAUUCGUUAAUGGCCAAUACACUGACAAACCGGGAGGACUUUUAGGUAUAGUCCAGGGAGUCAUAACUACCGCAACAGACUUGAUGGAUAACAGUUUCGAUACAGCCGAAAAGUGCUCAUAUUCACUGAAGUCAUUGCUCCGCAACGCCCUUUAUACCUUAGUCAACAAUCCAAUCACGCGUCUUACCGUAGGGUUUCGUAACAGGGCGGUCGGAUCUUCGUUGAUCAUGUUACGAAAUGCGUAUGUUGAAGCAAUUGAUCCUGUUAUAGACACUGUUCAUGAGCAAAUGGACCAAAUGGGAGAGUUACGAGAGCAGAUCAGACGGAGCCAAAUCUUCCUGAAGCGAUCUGCAAAUGAACUCCGGAAUAAAGGUGGAGGUUGUUUAACUCCUAUGAUAGCUACUGAUGUUACGAAUGACCUUCUUUCGUGUGCCCUUAUACCGAUUCAUAAUACGAUUGUAGAGUUACGUAAAACACAAGACGAGGUACGUGAUGUUCUUGCUCAAUUGAACAUGCAAGUGGAAGGUAGGCAGGGAUGUCUAACCGGCAAUCCAAAAGAAGCAGUGGUUUGUACACAAACAUUGGUUAGUGAAAUUCCAGCCUUUAUUGAAAUGAUCAACAAUAGAUUUGCCUCAGCACCAUCACUAUUUGAAUAUAUGAUCCCCAUCGUUCAAUGUGUACAGAAGGUAAAUGGAAAAAUUAAGAUGCUUUGCACGAAUCAAAAAUAAGCAAAUUGUAUUAGUGCAGGUUUUGUUUAAAAUAUUUAGGGAAAUAAGAUGAUCUUGUUUAGCUUAAUUUACUGUACAAAAAGGGCUACUUAAUAACACUUACUUUAAGACCAAUUUCAAUGUUACUUGUAUUAACUGAAUAAAUAAUGCAUGAACCUUUUUUUAAUA